UGUAUUUUUUCAGUAGUCCUCAAGGGAGGGUUCCGUUUUCCCUUGCUGGCCAGGGUUAGAGGUAUUCCAAACCUUGGCCAACAUCAAUAACAAAGAAAAGGAACAAAUAUGGCGAGAUUAGAAGUCAAUCAUUUUUUUCUUAUUUUGCUCUCUUUGGCCGUCAUUAUUCCUACCCUGAAUGCCAAUAUCUUGGAGAAAGAUGAGUAUUGGCAGAACCAUGUCAAUGACUUCGAUCCUUAUUGGCAGGAAAGGGCAAAAACUGCUAAAAAAAACAGCGAGGCUGCUUAUUUUCAAGACCCCUAUUCACUCUCCGGCAACCUCACUACCUCUGUUAGCGACCUUAUAGUUGGAAAGAAUAAUGCAAGAAGGAACCUGAAGGGGAGAAACAAGGGAGCAGAAUGCUUGGCCACCAACCCCAUUGACAGGUGCUGGAGGUGUGACCCUAACUGGGCCAACAACAGGCAGAAGCUUGCAGAUUGCGUGCAGGGAUUCGGCAGAAACACGGUCGGAGGCAAAGGUGGUCCCAUCUACGUUGUCACAGACCCCUCAGACGAUGAAUUGGUUAACCUAAAACCUGGGACUCUUCGUCACGCGGUCACACGCGAUGGUCCACUCUGGAUCAUCUUUGCACGCAGCAUGCUCAUCACCCUCCAGCAGGAGCUCAUCAUGAACAGCAACAAGACCAUCGACGGAAGAGGAGUUGAGGUUUACAUUGCCAACGGCGCUGGCCUCACUGUUCAGUUUGUCAGUAACAUCAUCAUCCACGGGAUCAAGAUCUACGACAUCAAGGUCGGUCAGGGUGGCAUUAUCAGAGACUCCGAGACCCAUUUUGGGCAAAGGACUAUGAGUGACGGCGAUGGAAUUUCCGUCUUCGGUGCUAGCAACAUUUGGAUCGAUCACGUUUCCAUGAGAAACUGCUCCGAUGGACUCAUUGAUGUCAUCAUGGCCUCCACUGCUAUCACCAUUUCCAACGGCCAUUUCACUGACCACAACGAGGCGUUCCUGUUCGGUGCUCGUGACGAAUGCGAAUCUGAUAAAGUCAUGCAAGUGACACUGGCAUUCAACCACUUUGGGAAGAGAUUAGUUCAAAGGAUGCCCAGAGUGAGAUAUGGUUUUGUGCAUUCGGUUAAUAACGACUACACUCACUGGGAAAUGUAUGCCAUUGGUGGCAGCCAGAACCCCACCAUCAUCAGCGAGGGUAACCGAUUUAUAGGUCCUAACAUCAGGUUUGCAAAAGAGAUUACAAAGAGAGAAUACACAGAUGAGAGCAUUUGGAAGAAUUGGCAGUGGAGAUCAAUCAACGAUGUAUACAUGAAUGGAGCAUUUUUUGUGGAAUCAGGGCCUGAGCUCGUAAACAGACCCUUCUCAAGGCAAGACAUGAUCACAGCUAAGCCAGGGAGUUACGUGGGAAGGCUGACACGCUAUGCUGGAAGCCUUAGGUGCAGAGUGGGUCUACCUUGUUAAUUACUAUGGCCUUGCGUGCCCAUUCAUUAAUUCCCUUCUUCACAAUGUCAAACGAUGGAAAGACAGAAAAGAGAGCAAAGCAAGAUGUACCCACCAAUUUAUAUGGCUUUAUUUUUUCCUAGAGAAUUAUUGUACAGUCAUGAGAGAAAACCUCACAUUUGACUGCCACAGAAGCUCAUAGGUGGUGUCGAAUUGUACUUCUAAAAAAAAAAAACAGAAAAAAAAGAAUUCUAAUUCUCCCCAAUUUUGGCUUAAUUCUAUCCAUUUUGUAGCCCUUCA